AUGCUCGCCUCCCGUGCUCGUCUUGUGCCACGCUGCUCGUCUCUGGUCAGUCGCCGCUUCAUGGCCGACCAGCCAUCCUCUUCGCCAUCCACCCCUCGACCUGCUCCUGCAACUCCUGUCUCUACUGCGCCUGUCGCUACGCCCACAACUCAAUCUCGACCUACUGCUGACCCAAAUGUCAUUCCCAUUCCCCAACAACAACAACGUCCGCGUAAAAUGCAAGACGGCUACAGUGGCGCCUUCUAUCUGUCUCUAUUGGGAGGCUUGGUCGUCACUGCUCCCAUCAUCACCUACUUUUACUGGGAACACCGCAAAACUCACAUGAGGGAGAAGAAGGAAGCUAUCCUCAAGGAAAUUCAAGCCAGAGUCGCCACUUCCUAA